AUGUCUGAUCUAACACCGCUAUUCAAACAAUGUGUCAGUAUAGUGCAAGAUAAAUUUGGUGAUUCCAUUAAAGAAGAUUAUGAUUUAAAGCAGUCUAGAAAGGAUAAUUCUGAGGAUCGUUAUAUCAUUAAAGACACAUUUAUCAAAGAAUGUAUUCAAUUUCAUAAAUUCUUGACGGAUUUGAAGACUUUUAUAAAUGAAAUAAAAUCUCCUUACUUAUCAAUUAGUGACGAAUCUAGUUAUGGACAAGCGAAUGAUUCAUUGACUAUUGACGAUAAGAACAAAAUAGAUGAAGAAUUGCAAUAUAAAAUUCAACAAUUGUAUGAAAAACUAAAGCUUUUACAAACGUACGAACAAAAGAGACAAUCUGCAUUUCCUAAGUCUUCCACUGGCUGGAUCGGAAGUUUAUUUGGUAGUGACGAACAGGACGAUAGAGAUCUCUUUCAGACUACCAUAAGUUCCCAUAGAACACAAAUAUUGAGAUCGCUUAACGACCUAACUAAUCAUGUUAAUAAAAGCUUUGAAGCUUUACAAAGACAAAGAUACGGAAGAGAGAAACAACUUAAUUUACUUAAUUUUCAAAACUUGGAAGAGGAUUUGGAUUUAAACUUUUAUGAAUCUAACAGCGGAAUGAAUUUCGUGAAUGAUUCUGAACAGCUCGAUGACCAAUGGGAUAUAAAUCAAGAUGAAGAAAUACAGGAGCAGCAAUUGACACAAGAGCAAAUUCAAGAACUAGAUUCUGAGAACCAAGAGUUUUUAAAUUUGAAAACUAACCAAUUGAAACAAGUGGAAAACUUACAUCAUUCUAUGGUGGAUAUUGUAAAUCUUCAAGCUGAAUUAUCGUAUCAAUUAGAAACUCAAUCUGAGCAAAUUGACAACUUAAUGGAUAGUCAAUCACAGGUGGAAAUUGACGUUAGGCUGGGAAACAGAAACUUGGACCAGGCUACGAAUAGAAAUAAGAAGGGCUCCAGUAUCAUAAUAUCUACAUGUAUUACAUUAGGCGUAUUGUUACUAUUUCUAGAUUAUAUAUCUUGA